CAGACUGUGUCUUUGCUUUUAAAUAUCAUGGCGGAUGUGUUUGGGAGGAACUCACAGCCAUCAACUCCGGUUGAAGCGUCAGAAAUAGCAGAUCUCAUUGACUUCCUCCAUCAUGUUGUACACUAUGAAGGACAGGGAGGGCCAGUGCAGGCCAACAGCAAACCUAGACCAGAUAUUUUGUCUCUCUGUGGAAGAGCAUCCGAAAACUUACGACCAGACAUACAGCAUCUUCUUUCCCACUUGAAAACUGACGUAAGUUCUUCCAUCUAUGCUGCAACUCACCCGAAGCUGGUGCAGACUCCCUCGUAAAAAUUGUGCCUGUUUAUCAUUCACUGUAACCUGGUUGAGAGAUGGUCCUUGCCCUGAAAUUAAGGUGUUACUGCUAGAGAAGGCAUUUCUUUAUGAAGAUUAGUCACAUGUAUUUGUAGUUUUUGCUUGGAAGUUCAUA